AUGGCGCCUUCUCAAUCUUGUUUGGAAUCCUCCAUGCUGUGGUUAGCCAUGUACUUUUUUUUAAACUUGGGGUUGACACUGUAUAAUAAGGUGAUUAUGGCCAUGUUCCAGUUCCCUUUUCCUUGGGCCUUGACGGCCAUUCAUACCUUGUGUGGUACCAUUGGUUCCUACCUGUUCUGGAAGCUUGGGUUAUUUAAACCUGCAAAGCUAGGUGAGAGAGAAAACAUGGUCAUGCUCAUGUUUUCUGUCUUGUACACCAUCAAUAUUGCCAUCAGUAACGUCUCACUUAAUCUUGUUACUGUUCCUUUCCAUCAAGUGGUAAGAGCCAUGACACCAGUGUUUACGGUCAUGUUGAAUGUAAUGUUUCUGAAAAAGUCGUAUUCGGGCAAGGUGUACACCUCUCUGAUUCCCGUGAUUGCAGGUGUGGCUUUUGCUACGUUUGGAGAUUAUAAUUAUACUGCCAUGGGAUUCUUCUUGACAGUGUUGGGCACAGUGUUAGCAGCUAUUAAGACGGUGGUAACUAACCGAGUACAAGUGGGCAGACUUAAGCUUCAUCCUCUUGAUCUCUUACUUAGAAUGUCUCCCUUGGCCUUUAUUCAAACGAUGUUGUAUUCAUACGCUACGGGAGAGAUGGCUCUGGUACAAGAAUAUUAUCGUACUAACUUGACCGUGAACGUCUUUUUUGCUCUCUUGUUGAAUGGUAUCAUUGCCUUCUUUUUGAAUGUCGUCAGUUUUACUGCUAACAAAAAGACGUCCGCAUUGACAAUGACGGUUGCUGGCAAUGUAAAGCAGGUUCUUUCGAUUGUUUUAGCGGUCAUUAUUUUCGAUCUCAGUAUCACCGCUACCAACGGAUUAGGUAUCCUCUUAACUCUUGGCGGUGGUGCCUGGUACAGGUAA